AACCCGGCAGAAACAAAAACAGCGAGUCAAGUUAUCGUCAAGUCGUCGAGUUGCAGCACUUUCUGGAACAGUUGCAGAUAAAAUGCUGUCUACUGGAGAUGUGCAAGGUUGUCUUCGUAAACUGGAAACUCUCCUGCGGGUGAUAAAGUACACCGGGCAUGUCGACUACAACGGCCUUUCCAAAGGAGAUCCCUCUGCUUUUCUACCAAUAGUGAGCUUCGCACUCACCUCCUUCUCUCCACCUAUUGCUGGGCAACUCAUGGCGGCGGGACUGGAGCUGACUGGCAAAACUGACCUACGAUUCACUGACACUCUUUAUAAGGUACUACGAGAUAUCUUCCACUAUAAGCCUAUUCUGACCAAACAGCAGUUCCUCCAGUGGGGUUUCUCUCAAAGGAAAAUAUCUGUCAUCUGUGACGUCAUUGACUUGGUUGUGCAGAAACACAACCAACUAAAGAAGCCCAGAGUCAGAUGUCCAGCCUCGUACAAGGAUGGCAAAGGACAAGUUCAUCCGACGCUGACUAAUGCAGACACUGUAUCUGAGAGGCCAUUUCUUGUGAAUCACAUUGAAAAUCCCUUGACUUUUCCCACAGACUCUUCCCAUGUGGAAGCAUUCUCCUCCCACAGUGUAACCUACACCUCUCACACUGGUUUAUACUCCCCCAAUUCUCCUGGAAUGGGGAUCAGAGAGCUGGGAGGAGGGCAGAAGGACAAGGAUGACAUUCUUUGUUCAUCAGAGACAGAAGGAAGGCUCUCGGCACUGGAAGCUCAACAAGAGAGUCUUUUGUCAGGGCUAGACAGGCUCAGUGUCCUGGAGAAACGCCUGGAGGAACUUGAGAGACAGAGAAACACAGAAAAGAAUGAAGCACAAGUCAUCACCAUAUCCAGAGAGAGCUGGGAAAAUCUUAUGAGCCGAGUCCUGUUACUGGAAACUAAACUAGAACUCAGCAAUAAACAGUUAAGUGUCCCACCAGCAUGUCCGUCGUCAAGCUCCUCCUAUUCUUCCAGCUCAGUGUCUGAUGCUUUAUAGAUAACCUCCACUCUGCUGAAGAACACUAAAUGCUCCACAACACCCUGCAAAUAAAUGAUGACCCAUGAUCUUAGUUUGGUUUAAUGUAAUGUCACACCGCAAUUUUGCCACUUUUUGGUAUUAAUGCAUUAUUGAUUUUCAUUUUUAUGUACUUAUUAGCUUUCUUUAUUUUCCAAUAAGUUCCUUUUAGCUGCAGAUAAACUCCUGCAGGUGUUUUUAACUGAAGUCUCAAGUGUAAUUACUGUAGAGGAAGAAAUAUUAUCAUGAAAAUGAAGUCCCCGGCUGAUAAGACUACAGAAGAUGAAUUCCAAAAUGAAAUUCUAUUCUGCCUCUGUGAAUGUGUUUGUUUUUUCAUCUGUUAACAAUAUGGUUGCGGCCAUGUUAUUAUUUUUUUUUUAACCCAAGAAAUAUUAAAAGUUGUAUACAUUUGGUUUAACAAA